GUACGUCGCUGACGCGAAGAGAUCCACGAGGGAUACACACCGGCGUUACUCCUGCCUUGAGGCUGUGCGCUCGCGAGUGCCCGCGCGAUAGUGCUAUGCAAUCACGAUGAUUGUGAAGAACGCGAUAGCGGAUCAAUCGAUGCCAAUGGAAAUCAUACUCACCCGCGAUCAGAGGACUACGUCCCACCGGGUCCAUGACCAUGCCAUGCGAGUCAACGCGCUGACACCGAAGUCGGCGAUCGUCUCGUCGUUGCAACAGACUAAAUAUCAGGACGACAUCGUCGCGAGACGUCAUUGCAUUGAAGCGAUAACCGCGAAAACGCUUAAACGAGAGAAAAAGAGUGAUUCGCACCUCAUGCCCACAUUUUAUCACGAUCGAAGAACACGACAUUCUAACGCAUCCUUCAACGUACUCAGAUCUCUAAGGUUAGCCAGUGCAUUGGUGAUUCUGCUAGCGCUGUCGGUGCGAAGUGCUCCUGCAAUGAGUUCCCCGAACGAAACGGAUGAUAUGAAAUGGGUGAAUCCGUGUGGCGUCUCUACCAAAUUACGAACAAACGGCUCCAAUCCGGACAUUGUUCAAUUGGAGGACCAUGAUCUCCUCAACCAAAUAGUACUCCAAGCGAGAACGGCAUUGAAGCAUGCGCAACUUUUUAGAGAUGACUUCAUCAGACAAACGUUCAAGACGGAUUUCGCCAGCGUCCACAAGAUGUGGAGGAAAAAUCAUUACGCCUGGCUGCCUACACGAUCUGAAAUACCUAAAGAACUGGGAGAAGAACUGGAUGAAAACCAUCUCGACACAUUGGAUAUUAACAAGGCUCUCGUCGACGCGUACGAAUAUAUGCAAAAGUAUGCGGUGGGCUUAGAGCAGGUAGUUUUGGAUCAAAAGGACUAUCAGCCGAAAUAUCAUCAGAGAUUCACAGAAGCCGAAUGGAAACUUCGAGCGGUUCUUUGUGAGAUCCAAGUUGCUUUAGAAGAACGUAGCGUAACGCGACGGCCGGAUGUUACUCGAGAUGUCAUGACGCCUGAUUUUCGAACGAUGACGGAUAUGACGUUUCGUGAUCUGCGUGACUGGUUGAUUUUCCGUGAAUAUAUGAAUGGCCUCGAGUACGUGAUACAAAUAUUUUCUCAUCUACGCCAACGCCUAUAAUGUACGCAAUCCUGAAGAUUCGUACGGUGAAAGCCGAAGAAGGAUUGGCAGGGCGUAUCUCAUCUUGGAAAAUUAGCGCAGUCACCAUCUCCGUCGGCUCCAUUUUUCUAAGGUGAUAUAGAGAAGAGGAUAGAAGGACUAGAAAGUAUCAUCUUCUGAUCAUCAUGCCAUCGGAAGGGCACAAUUUUAACAAAAUGUGCAACAAGGAUCGGGUUAUUUGUUGGUAUCGACGAUGAGAAACGAUUGAUAUUGUCGAACCGACUAAUAUACCGCAUCCACAUCAAACUUCUAUAACUCUGAAAUAGAAGCGCCGUCGAUGCUUCCGAUACUUCAUCAUACCCACCAUCCUCUUCGACACUCUUUACACGAUAGAACAGAAUGAAAAAGAAAAGGAAACAAACCGCGUCGUUGUUAGUCCAUAGGCUUUCGCCGUUGCAGUUCACGGCAACAUACACAUAAUCAUGCAUAUUCACAUACCACACAAGCUAUGAUUUCGCGCGAAGAUGCCUACAAAAAUGCGCGUAUAUUGUAUAUUUGAUUUUAUAUAUGCGAGAAAGUAGGUAUAGAUUUGAUAGCUCAAUCGUUCAAUGUAAAUGUAAAAUAACUCUCAAGACAACAAUCACAUAUCACGGUUAUCUAUUAAGAACGUGAUAUCCAUUACGCUUAAUAUAUUCUUUCAACACGUUGUUAACAUUGAACACGGUCACGAAAAAUUAAUUUGAAAAAAUUAAUUUCCUUAGCAUGAAUAUCCACGUAAUGUUUUGCUUGUCGUAAUAGUUUAAACAUAUGAACACUUAUGAUACCUAACAUUACGUAUUUUAUGCUCAGUACAUAAAAUAAAAAGUGAUUGUAAGUUGAGAAAAAAAGAA